GCCGUUUCGCCAUCCGGAACUCCGAUUAAACUUUGGUCACUGUGACCGCCACUGACGGCAUUGGUAAAGAGCCUGAGAAACAAGUAACUGAAAGCGGGACACGCCGUGAGAUCUUCCUUACUCCUUCCUUUUACCUGCUUGAUUGAUUACUGUUUUAUUUCUGAGAUUUCCUUCUUUUCUUGUCGCAGCUUGGGAGGAAGAUUUUUUUUUUUUUUUUAAUUUAAAUUUUCUACCUUUAAGCACCCUUUCUUUGUUUAAAUUUGGAUGGACGAUGAUCCCUUUUAUAUUUGAAUUAGCUUUUGGGAAGUGGCAAGCUGGGACGGAACCAACGGUGCAAGGGAUCGUCCGUAUAGAGCUACUGAGUUAAUAGCGCAUGUGAAGCUCCAUUGUGCUGUCGCUUUGCUGCUACUGUGCAGUCAUGUUGCAGCUCUCGCGUCUUUCCAUUUGCUGCUACUUUGGCAGCUUGAACACCACAACUCCAACAUUUAGGAUGUUGAGAGCAAAGCUUGUACGAGCAUUGGGCGUUACGACCCUUGCUCUGUCUCUAUUUCUUGAUGCUUCUGUUGCGCAAGGCCAAAACAAGCCCUGUGCUCCUUCUUCCUGUGGAAACCUUAGUAUCCGUUACCCUUUUCGUUUAAGUAGCGAUCCUAUUGAGUGUGGUUACCCAGGGUAUGAAUUAGUUUGUGAGAGCAAUCGCACAACUUUCCUCACCCAAUCUUGGGAAUUCUUUGUGGAGGAAAUAUCUUAUGAUAGGUAUACACUUCGCCUGGUGGAUGCCAGUCUGGAUCUUCAUAGGAAUGCAUGCUUUAUCCCUCGUAAUUCCUUCCUAGUUAAAGGGGACUUUGAGAAUAGAUAAGAAGAGACCUAUUAUAACUCCCUCUUCAACAAACUAGAAAAAACUAGAAAUAAAUUGAACCAAUGAAGUUGAGAAGAACAAGAGCUGAGUUAAAAGCAUGAAUGAGCUGCCAAAGGAUUCAUGGAAAGUUCAGUUAUCAGACUUCGAAAAAUGUUGAUCUACUGGAAUACAGAUAAACAACAUCA